AUGCGCCAUUCAAAAGAAAUAUCCAAGCCCAAACCAGAGAUACGUAUAAUUCACAUAUUUGCACCCGAAAUCAUCAAAAUUGACCCAACAAACUUUUGCGAGUUAGUGCAACGACUUAUUGGAAAACCAACGGAAAAGGACUGUAAUAAGAAACAGAGAAUUGCCCUGAGAGAAGAGCAAAGAAAUGCUUCAUCCGACAAGCCAGCGGCCAAACUGGAGCUCCAAGCUGGGUUUCGUGGUUUGAUGCCAAGGGAGAGAGUUAAGGAUGAGGAAAGGAUGUGGAAUGGGGAGAAUUCAGAUGGGUUCUUGGGCAGCUUUGUAGACUUGGAAGGGUUUAUUCAAGAGCUUGGUGAAUUCUCAUUUCUUCCUUCGGAUGCUUCAUACAUGCAUGGCUUUGGAGAAGCUCAACAUGCCGACAUAGUGGCACGUGUUUAUGGUGCAGAUAUCCGGAACAAGGUAGACUGGCUUUUAUGA